AAAGCACUGGAUUUCCGUGGCUGGCCUCUUGUUUCUGUUGGCUGCACAGACGAUAUGCUUCGCGAGUCAGUGUAGCGUCUACAAACAAUGUCUGACUAUAACCUUUGGCGUCGCUUACGUCAGCGGAGGUCUUCUGACUCUGGUAGGCAUAAUAAUUUACGUAGGAGCUAUAACGGAAGAAGCCGGCAACAAGUUCAAAUCAAAGGAAGACUACCCAUUCCAAUAUUUUUACGGACCCUCGCUGAUCCUGGCCAUUAUGUCAUUCGUCACGUCCCAAAUGACAGGCGUCAUCUCUAUUAAUCUUUUCCUCUCUAGAAAAAAGCACCGAAACCGAAACAACUCGACUAGCGUUAAACCGACUCCGAGCGAGUCGAGUAUUAAGAUGUCGUGUGGUAGCUACCCUAGCGAUUUAGCCGCAGUUGCGAAGGGCUCAUUAAAUGGAGAUGGUCUAAAAAAUGGCAGAGGAAGCUGUGACUUGUGCACAGACGAUGUGGAUUUGAAUGUUGAGGAUUUGUUGAAUGAUUCGUUGAAGAAGUGUUCGACUGGAGCUGGAGAUGCUGAUGAGAGGAGUCAGCCGACAUAUCAGCAGUGCUGCUCUAAUUCUUACAACCAACACUACUCUCAACAACAACAACAGCAACAACAACACUCCCAACAACAACAACACUCCCAACAACAACAACAACACUCCCAACAACAGCAGCAUUACACGCAACAUCAAAAACAGAAACUAUUUAACUAUCGACUUCAACAGCAGAGUAAACAACAACAACAUCAGCCGCUACAGGCCAAUUACACUAAACAAAACAACAAAAAAACACAACAACAACAACAGCAACAACAACAGCAACACAACUUGCUUCAAAGACCCAUGCUAACAACAAGCAGUUCAGUCGAUUGUUACCAACGCGCCAACCAACCAAAUCAACAAAAAAAACAACAAUUGAGUCAAAACAACAUAAUCGAACAACAACAACAACAACUAGCCAACAAACAUUCCAAACUAAGACAACUGACACGAAACUACUCUGAGGAAACAUCUUGGAGGUUGUGCGCAUCAGAACUCAUCCCAACAAUUGAAAACAAAUCAAUCGAAAAUAUUUCCUACCACACAAGUCGAAGCAUUCAACAACUACAUCAACAACAACAACGACAACUACAAUUAGACCGCUACAACAUACUUCAUCAGCCACAACAACAACAACCGCAACAACAUUACUAUAGCCAAAAACAGCAACAACAACAACAUCAUCUACAACUACCGAAU